AUGUCUGCUACUUUUACGGAAGGUUCUGUUGCCUUCGUUGGAAAUUCUAGUAGCUUUGUUGCCUUUGCUGGAGGUUCUAUAUCCUUUGUAAAGAAUUCUAAUGCUAUAUUUGCUGAAGGUUCAGUUACUUUUGAGGAUGAUUCUGAUACCAGAGAUUCUGUUAUUCUUGUCAGAGAAUCUGAUACUUCUAGAAAAGAAAUUGAAAAUAAAGUACAAAUUAAUGUUAGUGAUACUUUUUCUUCAUGGGAUGAGGUAGACAUAAAGCUCAAUAUAUAUGCAAAAAUGGCAGGAUUUUCUAUACGUCAGAAGCACAUUGAGCUUAAUAAUGAUGGGAUAGUUUGA